AUGACAGCAAGAAGACGCUUAUUACAUGACUUAACCAAACUACACAGCGAAGAUUUACAAGGUAUAAAUGCAGCUCCAACCAAAGAAGAUAUGCGUGUAUGGAAUGCUGUGAUUAUGGGACCAACUGACACUUGUUUCGAAGAUGGUACAUUUACCUUGCGUAUGGAGUUUUCAGAUCAGUAUCCUCUAAAACCACCAAAUGUUCGUUUUACAUGUAAAAUGUUUCAUCCAAACGUUUAUGCCGACGGCAGUAUUUGUUUGGAUAUUUUACAACGUAAUUGGAGUCCAACGUAUGAUGUUAUCUCAAUAUUGACAUCCAUACGUUCAUUAUUAAAUGAUCCAAAUCCAAAUAGUCCGGCAAACAAUGAAGCAGCAAAAUUAUUUUUAGAGAAUAAACGUUUAUAUGAAACUAAAGUCAAAAAAUUAAUUGAAGAACAAAUAAUGAACGAUCAAACACUGUUAGAUGAUGAAGACGAAGAAAAAGUAGAAAAAAAACCACCACCACCACCAUCUGCUACAGAAAUAGCGGCUACAGCGGCGUCAACAUCAUCGACAACUAGUGAAGCAGCAGCAAAUGCACAAGAGUCUUCACCAUCGUUAAGUAGUACCAAUGCACAAUCAGGCCAAAAUGAACAAUAA